UAUUAAUCAAUGGCAUGACAAACCCCGGCAUCGAUAAGUAUUUGUACCGGCCAUCAUUCUUGUGUGGGAUUCGGCAGCAAACAAGAAUAACCAAGGGGGAAAGCGAAAGUAAUAUCACCAACAUGGCACGAAUUUUCAUCACAGGAUCUUCCGACGGACUGGGUGCCGUUGCAGCCCGCACGCUCCUCAAAAAAGGCCACCAGGUCGUCAUCCACGCUCGCAACGCCCAGCGGGCCGAAGAGGCUAAGUCGGCCGUUCCGGACGCCGAGGCCGUCCUGAUCGGUGACCUCUCCAAAAUCGACGAGGUGAAGAAACUGGCCGCAGACGCCAACAAGCUGGGAACGUUUGAUGUCAUCAUUCACAAUGCCGGUUUCUACCGCGGUCCCUACCGCAAAACGGACUUGGGCCUGCCUACCUUGUACGCGGUCAACGUAUUUGCGCCGUAUCUUUUGACCGCCUUGAUCAACAGGCCGAAGAGACUCAUCUACAUCUCUUCCGGUCUGCACAAGAGCGGCGACUCCAGCUUCACCGACCCGACCUGGCGCGGGCGCGGAGAACAAGGGUGGAACGACGACCAGGCUUACCGCGACUCGAAAUUGCAUAUCACCACCUUUGCAAACGCAAUUGCUCGUCUCUGGCCGGAUGUGAGGAGUAACUCGGUCGAUCCCGGCUGGGUACCGACGAAGAUGGGCGGACAGAGCGCGACGGGCAAAGCAGAGGACGGGGUCGCAAGUUACGUUCUGCUGGCGGAGGGAACCGGCGCGGGCGAUGUCACUGGGAAGUACUUCAAGCCUCCUGGACAGGAAGACGACUCAGUACCGUUCACGAGUGAUGAGAAGAGGCAAGCCGAGUUGUUGAAGCUUCUAGAGCAGGAGACUGGCGUCACGCUGCCUGUAGCAUAGCCGAGCUGCAUAGCAGUAGCAUACCAACGGAUUGGCCAGUGGUAAACAUCUUGCGGGGCCAGAUACGAUAUAAGUAUUGUGCUGGAUAGUAGGCAAAAAAUACUACGUAGCUGUCAGUUCAGUCAGCAUAUGCUACAGCUGCCUAUGCAUUAAGAACGUGUUUUAGUUG